UGUUCCAUCAGUCGCCGCCAGGGACGGCCAGAGUUCGGUUCGUUCCGUUUUUCGUGGUCGUUCGUUGUGUGCUGUGUGUGUAAAUGUAAGGCACAGCGCCCUCGUUAAGGAAAAAAAGAGUUUUAUAUUUUUAUAUAUCAUUCAUUGUGUGUGUGUCCAUUUAAGGGAAAAUUUCCAACUGAAACAAAGGAUAUUAUAAAACCGACUUUGUGUGUCGCAGGUGGCACAACGGAUGACAACAACAAUCGACCAUGAAUGGCCAUUGAAAGAAGUAAAUAAUCUACCACUUUCCCCUAAGCUGAAUAGAGAAAAACGUACAAGAUAAGUCAACAACAACAAUGGAAUCUUCCAAGACGUUGCCGCUGAGUCGACUCCAGUCGAAUUUGACGUGCUCAAUCUGCCAGGGCUACCUGAUCGACGCCACUACCAUCACCGAGUGCAUGCACACCUUUUGCAAGUCCUGUUUGCUGCAACGCGUCGAGAGUGGCAGAACAUUUUGUCCUCGUUGCGGAGUUCAACUGCAACGAUCCCGACUGGGAGAGCAACUAAAGUUGGAUCACGCCGUUCAGGCGUUGGUCUACACGGCUGUUCCCGGUCUCUGGCACGAAGAACAGCGCAGGCGCAAGCACUUUGUGGAUCACCAUCCUUUGUCGACUACGGUGGCCCCGCCACUGCAACAUCCAACCUGCUUCUCGCCUGCCGAUCCAAUCUCCCUCUCGCUCGACUUCAUACCUCAGUCGCGCGACGAGGGUCUCAACCUGAAAGGUCCAAAUUCACCUCAGAGUAUUGGUAGGCGUUUCUUCCGCUGUCCGGCUGCUGUAGCUGUUCACCAUUUUCAGAAGCUGCUCAGCCUCAAAUUCGAACUUCCGCCUCAGUAUGCGGUGGAAAUCCAUUGCGGGGGAGAGAAACUGGCUUCUGCUUUGCGGUUGAUGGAUGUCGCCUACAUAACGGGUUGGACUCAGGAGGAGCCUCUACGUCUCGAGUACAAAAUCGUCAAACAUCAACCUGGAAAAUUGACGGCAGUAGUCGCUUGCACUGGAAGCACCGCCAACAACAUCACUCAGUCCCGCCGGUGUCAGAGUAGAACGUCGUCGACGGAAACGGGUGGGAAAUCUACCGGAGGUGUUAAGCGUUCAUCCGCCCCUCCGCCUUCAUCUCCACCCAAACAGCAACGAUUGUCUAUUUCCAUUAAACGGACUGCAUUGCGUGCCAAUCAACUGGAGGAUUCGCCUCUGGAAUCUGACGUGAUUCAUCCGGUACAUCACCGGUCAUCCAAGAAAUCUAAUUUGGAUUCGUCAAUUCCCGUCGAGUCGAGUCCUUCCAGCAAGAAACGCGGACGGAAGAAGAAGCGUCGAAAGCGCAAGACGAUGGAAUUGGUUCCGAUCAUAGAGCCUCUGCAUCCUCUCAAAGUCAAAAUUGUCGAGAGGAUCAAAUCGCCGGAAUACUCUACUUGGUCGCGACCCAAUGGUGUCGAGCUACUUGUUCAAGCCGCUGAAUUGGCUUCUCGUCAAAAUCCUACUCCACCCCCGGAAGGGGAUAAACUGGAAGUUCCUAAUGCAACCAAAUGUCCACCACCACCUCCAUUGCUUCCUAUAUCCGAUCCCAUCACCAGCAGCAACAGCGAUUCCGUCAACAACAACAGCAAACCUACCGCCCCGGAAAUUCCCAAAGUAAUUGAACAAGAUUCGCCACAGUUGACGGUGGUGGUGGCUGAAGAUGACGUUGAAGACGAAGGCAAGUUGAUUAUUGUCGACGAAGUGAAUUUGAACGGCAGUAACAGCAACGGAAGAGAUUCCGGGAUGGAUAACGACGAAGAAGAAGAGGAAGAUGACUCGGCUGGCGCCCUGGAUCUGUCCUCAAAAUCAACUCGAACUUGUCCUCCGGAAGAGUCUAACAACAAAUCACCGAGAGAGCCGAGCCCAAAACCUCCGGCAUCUCCGCAAUUCGUCCAGCAGCGAUCCACCGCACUUCAUUCAAUCACGGACAGUUUAGCUCAGAGACAGCAUCAAAGACUCAUCCAGCAGCAGCAACAUCACCAUCGCCAUCAUCAUCACCGUCGUCUACCUACCCCGAUACAUCAUCCGGAAGCGAUGAGAAAUUUGGUCACGUUGUCGCAAACUGCGUCAUUGGUUCCGCCGCAUCCUCAGCAAGUGGCCACUCAGCGUCUCAUCGUGGCGUCGUACAUGCAUCAGUUUGCAGCUGCUGCAGCCGCCAGAGCUGCUUCCGCACCUCUGCGUCCUCCUAAACCCCCUCAGCCAAGUUUAUCCAUGUCUAACGGGUUGUUACGACGUCCGUUUUGAAAUUCUGAUAUUCGCUUUUUCUUUGUUUCUUGGCACCGCCGCCCUUUCGUAUUCAUAAAACUAAUUUGCGUGUUUGCCUAUUAAUUCGGAAAAUGUACAUGAAACCUUAAGAUUUCAUCACUUUUUCUGUAAGAGUGUAUUGUUAGGUUUAACUCUUUAAUUUAUCAAUCCGCUGUAUAAAUUGCUGUAGAGAAAUAUGAUUCAAGUGUGAUUAUAUUAAUUUUUUUGCUUCGGAGGUUGUUGUUGUCUCGCUAUGACGUAACGUUUCCACGUUUUACUCUCUAAAGUGUGUUUUUGUUUUGGCUCUGUUUUUCUGUUCCUUUUUAAGUGUUGUUUUUAUACGGAAGACAUGCUAAUACCAAAAAAUGUUGCGAAAUAAAUGGUUAUGACGUCA